AUGCGGCACAACCUAAUAAGAAAGAAGGUCAAACUACAUAGCCAUCGGCAUAUAGAUAGCUCACUAUUUGUUGACAACAGUCACACGAGUUGCACUCUCGAUGAGCCUUUGAGUUUCACGAGGCGUUCGUUAAAAGCUUCUCAAAGUUUUAGAAUGUUCACCGUCCACACAAACAGGCAAGGAGGUAACGGUUUUGAUACCAGUGCGUUUAGAUUUACCCUCAACGAAGGAGAAAGAGAAUUCGGUCAAAUGCCGCGGUCACAAUUUGAAGCGCAGACAAAAGUGCUAAACAAAACCAUGUCCAAAGACCAUAAACUUGAUCAUUUGCAAGAAAAGGCUAAAGACAGUGACAAAUCCAUGAGAAACAGCAUAGACGAAGAUGAGAACGAAGAACCAGAGACAAAAGAUUGCCGAAAUCUGACUGAGACGUUUGUGGCCGUCAUAGCUCAAGGAAUCUUAAGUGUCCCUUCUAAGCGUAUGACCCUAAGCUCAAUCUACAAUUUCAUCGCCAAAACCUUUCCACACUUCGACAAAGAGAAAGGACCAGGCUGGAGAAAUAGCGUGAGACAUAAUCUGUCCAGUAACGACUGCUUUGUGAAGGCGAGCAGAGCCGAAAACGGAAAGGGGCAUUACUGGAUGAUCCACCCGAAAGAUCUACCAGAGUUUUCCAAAGGAAAUUUUCGGCGACCAAGAAAGCCUCGAAGACCAAGAUGCAGUCAUGCCUUGGGAUGUGGAACAGAUCGCAGUAUGCUUGGAUUACCUCUUUCUGCUACCUUAUUUCCUUAUCAUCACAAGCCUUCUCAUAGUCUGGAGCUCACCAAGCCGCACCCUCCUAAAGAACCGUUCCCGCACCCGUUUGGAGUCACCCCAAACAGAAGCCCAUUGCUGCCAACGUCAAGGUAUGACUACUACUCGCGUGAGGCGGCAGAAACCGCGCACUUUCCAAUGAAUCAGUACCAUGGUUUUUCGACACCUCCCCCGCCUUAUGGACUCUUCAGUUGGCAGGAUAACCCGGCAUUCAGAAACUACAACCCGCAUUUCCAAUCAUCCUCGUUUCACCCUUACUUGUAUAUGUCUCCUGUUUCGCAGUCAGAGAAUGGAAUAGGCAUUAAUUACGCUUAG